AUGGCCGCCGCCGCCGCCGCCGCCGCCGCCACGGCUAUUGAUGGCGCAGCAGGGCGCAGCUGGCGGGGCGGUGUUUCAGCCGCAGCAGGUUGGACGGGGACACGUAGUCAUGAGGAGGAAGACGAGGGGGAGGAGAGGGAGGCAAACGAGGCCUCCAGCGGAAUGCCCGCCCCUGUCAUCGUGCCUGCUGAUGCUACGUUGGCGUAGCGCAGCUGGUGCUGUUCGAAAACCGAGACAGCUACUUCGAUUUGUCGUGGGUGUCUCAAACGAUGGCAUUGCCACGUCGACCAUGGGAUGAUCGACCUCAACAACGAUCGCUUCACUUGCUGCUUCUGCGAUACCAAGGCGAAAUCGGCAUGCCGGUGUCACGCGUGAGUACCCAAUUUCGUUUUCCGCUGUUCAGAGUCUUCGUUCAUUUGCAAUUCUGUGUUAUGAUGUGACCAAGAGUAAUGUGCCAGAUCGAGUUCUCGGAUGCUUCUCGCGCACGUGGGUUUCACCCGUUUCGAUACCAACCACCCAUGUGGUUUUUACGAGAGGAAUAUGCAACAAUAUCUCGACUUCCACAGCGCUCUCGCAGUCUGGUAGGUUGUCACAUGUUUCNGUGCGGUUUUUACGAGAGGAAUACGCACCAAUAUCUCGACUUCCACAGCGCUCUCGCAGUCUGGUAGGUUGUCACAUGUUUCCACCUAGCUGCUCCGGGACUGUUGCUGGUGAUCUAUAUCGACUCCAACUUUCUGGUUGCUUGAACAUAGGCGUUUGUUAGGGUUUCACCCUUUCGCAGUGCGACCAAGACCGAAGUGGCCACAAUACGACCUGCUGUCGGGGUGUGUACUGUGCAACAAGAAGAAAGCUGAUAAGCGAGCGGCAUCCCAACGAGCUCAAGCCGGCCACAUCCACGGGAGUAGCGUCUCCCGAGUGGUUCACCGUCAGACUCGAACCAGCGCUUUCAAGCUCCGUCUGCCUCUCACGGUCGCGGCGGGCAACUCUAGAGAUAGANCAACUAACGCUUUCAAGCUCCGUCUGCCUGUCACGGUCGCGGCGGGCAACUCUAGAGAUAGAGAGAAGGCACUGUUUUCGGUCUCUACUACCGCCCGCGGCGACCGUGUCAUGGUCGUCACCGACGUCACCGCCGAGCAACCUGGUGCGCCUGCAAGCUGCAUCGUGAACUGCUGCGAUAACCGAUGUCACAAACGAGUCGAUGUGUGUAGUUGUUGGGGGAUGUCACGAAACAACAGUGCUUGUGUGGUGUUUGAUACGCUUCUUUCUCGCCGGUAAACCUACGAUCGAAACUUCACGUUUGUUGCAACCCAUCGCGUUUAUGACUCCUUUGGAAAAGAAAAGGCAUUUGCAGGGCACAGAUAGGGGCCCGGCCGUUCAGCACUCACAUUUUUUUUUCGAUAGUUGCUGCUUGCUAAAUUUCUCAGAAACUAGUCAGGAAUUCGUCGGCAUGUUUUUUUUUUUUGACGACGCUCUGUCACUUUCAUGGUUGCUUUCGUAUAGUUUUGCAGUGUGCAAUCGGAACCCGAGCAAAGCGCCAAACGCCGAGCAGAUUGCAGCGGGCCAAUGUGAGCACGCUGACGUCAUUGUCGGAGAUGGGACCACUCCGAAGGCGGAUAUUCCUGAAGCAGAGCCGGUUGUCUUUGGCAAAGAUGGGGAAGGGAUCGAAAGCGUUGGGGAUGCAGCGAUAACCCAGAUGGUUUUGACUCAGGGUAGCUUUGACACCAUUCUAAGGAUGGCAGUGACUGCAGAGGAGCAUGGGGUGCCGCUGUUGAUGCGCUUAGGCGAGACUCAGACGUAUGUUGUAUACCAUCCGGGUCAUGGGUCUAUUCCUGGCAGCUGGGCACACGCCGAGACGGAUUUCCCGCAACCACCUGGGUCGAAGAAAGCGCCCUCAACGAAACGGCGGUCCACUCUAAAGAAGCAGAUCCAGUGUAAGGUCAUAGUCUACUCCUGCCGAUGCGUGACUAUUUUUUUUUUUUUUUUCGGAGCCCUAGAUUGACUGUAUGUAGAGCGCUUCUGUUGUGUAUGUUUUCCUACCCCAACCUUCAAAUUCGUUGUGCAAACCACGCCAGCAAUAUCGGUGCAUGUGCUCUCUUGCUCGGAUGGUGAAUAUCGUGGUAUACCUGACCUACAGUUUUUUCCGCUGAGGAUAGCUGGUCGGAAAGGCAAAGUAGCAGCGAAUGAUGAUACUUUCGGUGCUUUCAAGUGGGUGUGCAUCAUAGCGCACGUAGCAUUGACUGUUGUCACAAACCUGUGUCCCACCUACUGUCCACCCCCUGGCGCCCGUCACCUGGCUAUGAUCAUAGGCGAAUGGGGGGACGGGGUGCACCUCGUCCAAGAAAGGCUCUAGCGGCAAAUGCGUGCAUACGCACAUCGUGAGGUUGGGUGUCAUGGGCAGCGAUUGUGGAAGCAGCUCCCUCCUCAACUUAGACGGCGGGAGCGACGAAAAUUCAGGCGAUGAGGGCAUCGGUUCAGGGGCGACGGAGUACAGGCAUAAUGCACCGGGGUUUGUAGCAAAGGUAGAACAGCUGCUGAGAAUGUUCGGCAGCAUCAAAUACCCGGUCCACGUCCUUGCAGCCCUGUCGGAAGAUGGAGAGCGUGGCAGUUUGGAGGCGGACGCCGAGAUUGCGAGUCUCGAGGACGUAUGCCCCAAUUGCGACGGGGAGUAUGUCCACUUGAAGAGUGUGCGGGUCACAGCGUUGGUCCCGGGGCCCGGUCUCGUCGAGGCCGUGCUUAAGGUCAAGGGCUGUGUUGACUGCGGGGUGGAAGCGGCGAGCGGUGAUGACUGGCAAGAACACGGCUUUUUCGUUUUCGGGAAGACUCUACCCGUCCAUCUGUCCCACAUGGACGCGACGAGGCGGGCGGUGCUUGGUGGUACGGCAAUCAGCCACGCAUUCGACAACCUCCUCCGUCCUUUGGCCGACAACCUGAUAUGGAUGACCCGGAACAAGCUGGCCAAGUACCCCAACAGGAUGCUGCUGAUUGAGCUGCUCAAGACGGUGGAGAAGCUCUGGCGGGAGAGCAACCAUGGAAAGGAGGAUUGUUCAUGGAAAGGGGGGCAUGGUUGGUCUCGUCUGGGGUGGAGGGGGGAUACAGCUCGGACGGAGUCCAGACGUGCCAUAUGUUCAUGCUGCAGGCGGAGAGCCCCACAGACUUGGCCGUGCUCCUGUUGCACCGCGUGCACAUGCCUAUCCUCAUCACCGACAUCAUGUGUCGUGUAGGACCGAUCGCCCACGGCCUCUGCCAGACGGCGACGCCGAACAAAUGAAGUCUUCCC